AUGGAGAACCGACCCCCUGCCAAAGACUUCUCCUCUGGUGCCAUGGAGUAUCUACCCACCAUGGAACUCUUAUGCAAGAGGGGGCCACAGACACUGCCCAUCAGAGCGAUCGAUAUAAAUCUAUACAAUGUAGACAUAUGGGUGGUUCUGCUCCCCACCAAUGCACAUGGGUACGUGCUUAGUCCCCUCCUAUACUCCAUGUUCACCCACGACUGCAUGGCCAAACACGACUCCAACAACAUCAUUAAGUUUGUUGAUGACACAACAGUGGUAGGCGAGGAGGUCAAAGACCUAUGCUGCUGCGGACGUCUGGUAGGGGAGCACACCUGGCUGGAGACUGGCCCCUUCAUCUCCCACUGGCCUGGGCCCCAGGCAGUGCAAGAAGAGAGGUGGUCAGUGGAGUGUCACACACAAGCCAGUGCCACCGAUGCCUACGGAACCAUUGACUUCCAGGACAGCGCUGACUGUAACUGCCAUGCCAAGUAUGUUCGUGUUGCGGUCGACACAAAGGCUGAGGCUCUGCUGCAGCUGAUGCUGAGGGAGUGGCAGAUGGAACGGCCUAAACUACUGCUGACGGUUCACGGGGGAGCAGAGAACUUCCCUCUCCCCCUCAAGGUUAGACAGGCCUUCAGCAAAGGCCUGAUAACUGCAGCCCAGAGCACUGGAGCCUGGAUAUUCACAGACGGCAUCAACACAGGUGUGUCCCUGUAUGUAGGGGAGGCUGUGAAAGCAUACGGCACCAAUGGCCGCAGGAAGAGGAACGCUGUAGGGGUCACGCCCUGGGGCGUAAUUGACAACCACGGUGACCUUAUAGGGAGAGAUGUGCUCAGGCCUUACCAGCCCCUGAGAAGCCCCUUGAGCAAAACUGUGUGUUUGAACAGCCUGCACUCCCACUUCCUGUUAGUGGACGAUGGAACUCUGGGGAAACAUGGCUGCCAGCUGGGACUCAGGAGGAAGCUGGAGAGACACAUUCAACUGCAGAAGAUCCAUCCUAGGGUUAACCAGGGUGUGCCAGUGGUGUGUGUGGUGGUGGAGGGCGGCCCUGACAUUGUGUCCAUGGUGUUGGACUAUGUGAGCAGUGUGCCCCCCGUGCCUGUGUUCGUCUUCGAGGGAUCAGGCCGGUCGGCUGACUUGCUGGCAUUCUUGCACAAACAGACCGCUAUGGAUAGGCAGCUGGACACAGACAUCAAGGAGGACUUCCUUCUGAGGAUAGGGGGCAUGUUUGGUCUGGAGAGAGCAGACGUCAACCAGCUCUACAACCUUCUGAUGGAGUGUAUGGACUACAGACAGUCUAUCACAAUCUUCGACUCGGAAUCCGAAGAUCAACAGGAGGCAGACUGCGCCAUUUUGAUGGCCACACUGAAAGGUACCAAGUCAUCUCCAGCGGAGCAGCUCGGUACGGCUCUGGCUUGGGACAGAGCAGACGUGGCUAACAAACACAUCCAAGUGUACGGCCAGUACUGGCAGGUUGGCUCGUUGGAGCAGGCCAUGCUGGAUGCUCUCAUCAUGGACCGGGUUGGCUUUGUCAAACUGUUGAUCGACAACGGUAUGUCCAUGAACCGCUUCCUGACCGUUUCACGUCUAGAAGAGCUCUAUAACACGCAACAGGGACCAACAGACAAUUUCCUCCAUCACCUUGUGGAAGAUGUGAAACAGAACCAUAUACCCAAAGGAUACAGAGUCUCCCUCAUAGACGUGGGGCAGGUGAUUGAGUAUCUGAUAGGAGGAGCCUAUCGGAGCACAUACACACGGAAACACUUCCGGGCCUACUAUAACCACUUACAUGCCCACUGCAUGGACACUGGACUGGACAGGAUAGUUCAGGACCCCGGACCAAACAGGGAAGCCUGCACCCUUCACCCACCCCAAAGCCCUAACAACAGUCCGUCAUGCAAACCUGUCUUCCACACUGCUCAGCCCUACAAACGCAAGGAGAGAUCCAUGGUCCCCAGGGACCCGAAGGAAGCCCAGCAGCAGAGCUCCAAGCUGGGCGACUCUUCUCUGGUAGUGUUCAACUUCAACGACCUGUUUGUGUGGGCCGUGCUGCAGAGGCGCCAGCAGAUGGCGCUGUUCCUGUGGCAGCAUGGGGAGGAGGCCAUGGUCCGGGCUACUGUGGCUUGUAAACUGUACCGCGCCAUGGCCCACGAGGCUAAGCAAAGCAACAUGGAUGACACCACAGCGGAGCAACUCAAAACCUACUCGCUGGACUUUGGUCAACUGGCUGUAGACGUGCUGGACAAUGCCUUCAGGCAGAACGAGCGCAUGGCCAUGAAGUUGCUGACCUCGGAGAUGGAGGCCUGGAGCCACUUCACCUGCCUGCAGAUGGCCGUGUCCUCCCGGCUCCGCCCCUUCGUCUCCCACUCCUGCACCCAGAUGCUGCUCACCGACCUGUGGACCGGCCGCCUCAACAUGAGGAAGAACUCCUGGUUCAAAAUCAUCCUGAGCAUCCUCAUGCCCCCUGCCAUCCUGCUACUAGAUUUUAAGAGCCAGGCGGAUAUGUCCCAUGUGCCCCAGUCCCAGGAGGCUUUGCAGUUUAUUUGGGACACGGGGAGACCAGAGGCAGCCCAGGAGGAGGGGCAUACAGAGGGCCAGGAUGUGGAGAAGGGGUCAGCAUGCUGGGAGAGGAUCUCAGACCCCGAAGAUGACACAGUCAUACCCAUUACCACCCCGUGUCUCUUCUGGACCAGGAGGCUGUACGAGUUCUACAACACUCCGGUCGUCAAGUUCAUGUUCCACACGAUGUCCUACCUGGCCUUUCUCAUGCUGUUCUCCUACACUGUUCUGGUGAAGAUGGAGGACCGGCCCAGCACUCAGGAGUGGCUGGUCAUUGUCUAUAUUGUAUCCACCGCGGUGGAGAAAAUAAGAGAGGUGUUCAUGUCGGAGCCGAGGAAGCCCAGUCAGAAGCUGAAGGUGUGGUUCGGAGAGUACUGGAACGUGUCUGACUUCCUGGCCAUCCUCCUCUUCCUGGUGGGGCUGGCACUGCGCUGGCACAGCGGGUCCUACCGGACGGCAGGGCGGAUCACCUACUGCCUGGACAUUAUCUUCUGGUAUGUCCGGAUGCUGGACCUGCUAGCGGUCAACCAGCACGCUGGACACUACCUCAACAUGAUCACCAAGAUGACCAGUAACAUGUUUUACAUUGUGGUCAUGAUGGCCAUCGUGCUGCUGAGUUUCGGGGUGUCCAGGAAGGCCAUCUUGUCUCCAGACGAAGCUCCGUCAUGGAGCCUGCUCAGAGAUGUGGUCAACCAGCCGUACUGGAUGAUGUUUGGAGAAGGGUACCCCGAUGAAAUAGACGCCUGUGCAGAAGGCAAGCCGUGUGCCCCCGGGGCUUUCCUCCACCCUUUCCUCCAGGCCGUCUACCUCUUCUUCCAGUACCUCAUCAUGGUCAACGUCCUCCUUGCCCUUCUCAACAAUGUCUACUUUAAAAUGAAGUCCACGUCCAAAAAGCUGUGGAUGUACAACCGUUACCGUUACAUUAUGACCUAUCAGGAGAAGCCGUGGCUGCCCCCGCCCCUCAUCAGCCUGAGUCACGUGACCCUGUGUGUGACCGCCAUUUACCGGAAACACAGGGGCUUGUCUGAGAAGGAGAGGGACUCCUGUCGGCUUAAGCUUUACCUUGGCCGAGAGGAGCUGAAGAGGCUUCAUGAGUUUGAGGAUAGGUGUGUGAUAGCGUAUUUCCACAAGAAAAAACAAGAUGUUCUCUGCAGCCAGAUCCACAGGAUCCGAGCCACUGCAGAAAGGGCUGAGGAGAUGGGUGUAGUUAUUGGUGAGGUGUCUGAAAGGGUCCAUUUCAUCCAGGACAGCCUGCAGGUGCUGGACAGCCAGCUGGGCCAGCUGCAGGUCCUGUCCGCCCUGGCCGUGGACACCCUCACCCUACUGUCGGCCUCUGACAGCCUGCAGCAGAAGGAAGCCCACCUGGGACACUGCCGGCCAAUUGCCCACUCCCAUCACCACUCACCCAACAGCUGUACCCUCCCCCAAAUUGACAUCACGCCCUGCCACACACCCAAGGCCUACCACAGCACCCCACCCUCCCUGCUGUGGGGCCUCACCUCCCUCAGCCACCGUCCGCCACUGGAGUGGCACCCGGGAACAUGGGGGGACGGUGGCCGUGAGGGGUGGGGGGCUGGUGAGACAAAAGAGGAAGAGGAGGUACAGAGUAUCAUGAUGCAUCACGGUGGCGAGGUUUGGCCGGUUGGUUUUGGCUUUGGCCCGCAUGACUCUCUCCCUCACCUGGGCGGUGCAGGGCUCAGAGACAAGACCCCCUGUGAGUCGUGCGGGCCUUCCCACUGUGGCUCUCCCCUGCACCCCUGGACCUGGGCUGUAGAGGGUUCUCUGGAACCCCCCCACUGCAAACCCUGGGCCUACUACGACCCUGAGAUGUCCACGGAGGAGGACAAAGAGGGGGAGGUUGGGCAGCCCUUUAAUGUGGAUGUGUCGAGGGCCUCUAGCCAUGACUUUCUGUUGUUGGACCCCCAGGACGAGAGAGGCUGUGGGGCCAUGGGUUUGGUAAACCCUUCCUUCUGUAAGGAUGACGACCCUGGGGCAGCUAGCUCCAGACUGGGCCAGUGGGGCAGGAAGUGUCCUCAUCGGUGGACAUGUCUGUCCAGGGACCAGCCGCAUAGACACAGGCGCUCUCCUUCCUCUAGCAUGGAGAACAUGGCUCUAUCUAAUCCCUCCCUGAGGCCAUUACAAGCCUCUUUCCCCGCCCUCGACUGCCUAUCAGGGGAGCGGAGCUUCACAGCUGACAAACCCCUUGGCUGCAGUAAAAGCAGAGAGUGGUCCAAGUCGUCUGACCUGGCGAUGACCUCAGGGAGCAGAGAGAGGUGUCAGGCCAGGAAAACAGUCAAGAUUUUGGAGGGGAGUUCUUCAGAUGCUGUGGACUCUUACCUUUCUGACGUGUGCAGGAAGAGGAGGCACAGGGGAGGAGAGCCUGUGUGCUGGUCUGCAUCUGCUAGCCUCAACAAGUUCAAUUUGGAACCCCUGGAUACUUUGCAGAAAGAGCAUUUUUCACGUCAGGAUUCUAGUCAGUCCGUGUUGACCAGCUGGGCCUGCUCUGUCAGCCGCAGGUCCUCAGUGCAGGGUGGGAUCACACCUGAAGGUAGGUCUGUUACAUUUCAAUCGAUGGAAGACCUGGACCCACACUACUCAGCCAUGGAAAAGAACAACCUGAUGAGGCUUGCUCACACCAUACCUUUCACACCUGGCUCCAUAAUGGCGGGAGAGGAGGUGAGUGUCUACUCCCUGGAGGAGGUAGAAGCUGCAGGUGCGGAGUCCUCCGUAAUCUCCUGGUCGCCCCGGGGGCUGUCUGCAGUGCUGCAGCCACUGUCCAGCGAGGGCUGUCUAGAUGGGGCCCUGCGCAGGGCCAUGCGCGUGUUGUGUACCUGGGCCGAGGGGGACAUCCUGAGUGUGGGCUGUGUGUACGUGGUCAAAGCCUUCCAGCCCAAGGUGAUCCGAACCUGGCAGAGGGUCUUCCACAGCGACACCCCCCUCCAACUCUGUCUGCGGGAGAUACAGCAACAGAGAGCUGCUCAGAAACUCAUGCACGUGUUCAACCAAGUCAAACCAGAAAACGUGCCCCUUUCUCCCAGGUUCCUGGAUGUGUCUCUUCUUCACUGUCACUCAGACGGACAGUGGUUGACCAUAGAGAGGAACAUGUUGGGUGACUUCAGGAAGUACAACAAUAACACUGGAGAGGAGAUCACCCCCUGCUGUGGAAUGGAGGAAACGCUCCUGGCCUUCUCCCACUGGACCUACCAAUACUCCUGUAGAGAACUACUGGUGCUGGACAUACAGGGAGUGGGGUCGGAGCUUACAGACCCAUCGGUCAUCCGAGCGGACGACAAAAGCUUGACUGGUGACAUGGUGUUUGGUCCUGCUAACCUGGGAGACACUGCCAUCCAGAGCUUUGUCCUCAAACACACCUGCAACUCCUGCUGCAAGAACCUCGGACUCUCGGAUUUGAAGAGGAGCAGAGACAGCUGCGGGAAAACAGAACACAGAUCUUCUGAAGAGGAAAGUGGAGUGAUCGUGACCAGAGUGUAACCUCUGACUUGAAAGCAGAAGUCCGCCAUCCUAACCUCUGCUUCAGGUGGGAUGAAGUUGCCAUUAAAGCAUAAAGACACUGAUCAGUUUAGUUUCUUUCUCUCGAAAUGGUUAUGGAUAGGAAUAGGGAAGGCUUACUUGAUCCAGAGGUGUGCUUAAGGGAAACUUCUACCAUGAAUAAAAGCACUCACUUGGGGCUUUGAAUGGAUAGUGUACAUUGUAUAACGUCAUGUGGACUACCUCUUGUGUUAGAUGGCUGGUAGGGCUUUGGUUUUAAAAAUUAUUAACAUUGCACUAGUCUCAACAGCAAGCCAGAUGCCAUAGUCUUGCAUUCGUUCCAACUAUGGCGUGCAUAGUGGAGGGAGGCCAAGGCGAAUACAUUUUAUGUACAUACACUCCCCGCCGUAUUUAUCUGAACAGUGAAGUGAAAUUUGGCUCUAUACUCCAGCAUUUUGGAUUUGAGAUAAAAUGUUUCAUACGAGGUGACGGUACAGAAUGUCACCUUUUAUUUGAGGGUAUUUUCAUACAUAUUUGUUUUACCGUUUAGAAAUUAAAGCACUUUAUGUAUCUAGUCCCCCAUUUGAAGUUGUCAUAAGUAUUUGGACAAAUUCACUUAAAGUGUAUUAAUGUAUUCAAAAGUUAGUUUUUGGUCCCAUGAUCCUAGCACGCAAUGACUAUAUCAAGCGUGUGACAAAACAGGAAACCGUCUUUAGAGACAGUGACCAAAUUGCUCUGGCUGGACUCAAGCAUUUCUUUAUGAAAUUAAAACUAAACUUGAUUAAUUUUUUUUAAAACUAUUUAUUUAUCAGACAUUGCACAUUAAAGCUUCAAUCUAGGAUUUUUUUUUCUUCAGCAAAAACAGUCCCUCUCAUCAAAUGUAUUUUUUUCUGUUUUCAAACACUCAUAUUUUCAUUUUUUUUUAGCAAUGCUGAAUGCUAAAAUGUAUUGUUAUGCUGCUGAUGUUCAAACUGGUUACAUGAAAAAAAACGAUUCUUCUCAUCGAGCAUUGGCAUAACUCGGUUGACGCAUGGUUUAUGUCUUACAUUCAGAAUUAAAAUACUAAUACAAGAAUAACUCAACCUGAUCUCUUGGUGGUUGGUAUUCACACAGCUCAGACUCAAACUAUUACAAGUAUAAUGGAUAGCAUAGAUUUUUUGAUACUGCUAUUAGUCCCUUCACAGUUCCCAUUGAAGAUGUCAGCAUUGUUACCCUUAAAAUGCUAGUGUGUGUGUUUGUAUGUGAAUGGAAAAAGAACAAGACAGAAAUGCAUCCAUAACAUUUCUUUUAUUUUUCUUCCCACAAAGAAAUGUCUACAAAAGCGAUAAAAUAUAGAAUUGAACAAAAAUCACUUCAGACCUUGACUUCAUUAUUUACAUCUCGAAGGAGGAGACACUGAGAUGGCUCAGGAAAACUCAGAACGUCAACACAACUGGAUCACCAAAGCUCUUAAUUUAUGUCGCUACCUCUCACUCACUCACACACACACACGCGCUGGGUCACAGCUGGGUCAAAGUUCUAAGGUCUGAGCUGACUCAACAAGUGAAAAAAGCAAACAUAUAAACAAACAAUUCAAUUUAAUGAAAUACACACUUGCCUCAAAAUUCCCCUUUUUGAUUGGACCUCAAGUAAACUCACAGUAAAGCAACUAUUUCCCAUUACGCCAAUCGAGCUUGUCCUCUAA